UUUGUCUUUGUUUCUUAGGUUUCCUUCACAAAUUUAUUUGGUGAGGUUCAAGCCUCAAGACAGAAUGGCAGACACAAAGCGUCUUGCAUUCUCCAUUAUCCAGUUUCUCCAUGAUCAGCUGUCCUCUGGGGGUCUCACAUCAGAUGCUCAAGAAAGCUUAGAAGUUGCCAUCCAGUGCCUGGAGACAGCAUUUGGCAUCUCUGUAGAGGACCAGAGCUUAGCAGUCAGUCAGUCUCUGCCAGAAUUAUUUGCUUCAGCAACUAAACAGCAGACUGAUGCAACACAAGAUAAUACCAGUUCAUCCAGUGGUUCACCUUCAGAAGAGCAGUUAGCAGAGGCAGAGCAUCUUAAAACAGAUGGCAACAAUCAGAUGAAGGUAGAGAACUUUAGUGCAGCUGUUGAGUUCUAUUCUAAAGCCAUCCAGCUUAAUCCUCAAAAUGCUGUCUACUAUUGCAACAGAGCUGCAGCUUACAGCAAACUGGGGAACUAUGCCGGAGCUGUUCAAGACUGUGAACGUGCCAUUGGAAUCGAUCCAAACUACAGUAAAGCAUAUGGACGGAUGGGGCUUGCUCUUGCAAGUUUGAACAAAUACUCAGAGGCUGUGAGCUACUACAAAAAAGCCCUGGAGCUGGACCCUGACAAUGACACCUAUAAAGUCAACCUGCAAAUAGCAGAACAGAAGAUGAAGGAAACGCAGUCCAGCCCAGCAGGGGGUUUGGGUGGAGUUGACCUGGCUGGUUUGCUGAGUAACCCUGGCUUCAUGAACAUGGCAUCUAAUUUAAUGAACAACCCGCAAGUGCAACAACUGAUGUCAGGUAUGAUGUCUGGGGCUUAUGGUCCUGUGGGGGGUGCCACCUCGCCAGGAGCAGCAGCAGCAGCAGCAGCAACAACAGCAACAACAGCAACAGCUGGAGCAGGAGGUGGUGGUGACCUCUCCAGCCUCAUACAGGCUGGUCAGCAGUUUGCACAGCAAAUGCAGCAGCAGAACCCUGAGCUUAUCGAGCAGCUGAGGAGUCAGAUGCGCAGUCGACCUCCCAGUAGUGCUGGCAAUGACGAACCCUGACACUCCUCAUGGUACCACUCAUCACUCAAAAGUAUUCAUUUUAACUCUUGACCUGGUGGACCUGUGGAAGAUGGGCUACUUUUUUUUCUUUUCUUUUCUUUUUUUCUUUUUCUUUUUUAAGAUAUACCUUGUUCCUACAACUCCAGGGACAAGACCAAGUUUAUUCAUCUAUAAAAACUGCAUGUGUUCCCACUGCCCCACAUUGCCCUACCUGUUGGUAGCAGUCAUCAGUGCACAAUGUGCACAUCGUAUUUGGGCACUGGACUCAAAGAAAUGUCUGAUCAAAUGAAAUAUCACACUGGGGUAACACUAUAUUCCCAAGUAAUAAUUCAUUUUGUGAUUGUAAUGAAUUGCUGCUACUUGGACAUUAUGCAGUUUGCUGUUUUAACUCUUCAGUGAUUCAUCUGUCCAAUGACAAGUCUCUGUCUGAACUGAAAGGGGUUGGCAAGGAACAUGUGCAAUUUCAACAUUGACAAUUAAAUGUCAAAUUUCAAAUAA